GCAGAAGAAAUCUCUGUGGGCAGUUGGAAAUGUCAAAUCUCCAGCAGCAGAAAGCAGGGGAUACAUCUCUGUGGAGGAAUGAAAGUGAUAUUCAGUCAAAACAAUUUGCUUGAAGUGAACUGGACGAUCCCUGUGCAGAAUUGAAAUAUCCGCUAAAUCAGUCUGACACUCCACUAUGGCCAGUUGGGUGGAACAGACAGUGAAUACAUUUAGGAAUCUCGAUCUCAGACGUUUGGGAGUCGAUGAGGCCUACAUCAACGUCUCAUCGACACUCUCAGAUCCCAUUUGGAUGUACUCCCUCUCGGAGGAGUGCUACAAGUGUCCGUAUGGUCGUGUCCAGAAGAUCUCUCCGCGUCAUGACAAUGUCAUCAAAGUAUCCACAAAGUUCAACGUCAAUUGGAAGUUCUUUGACCAGGAUGUAGGGCCAUACACUCUCGAGGCAUCCCGAGAGGCCCAAGCGGUCUGUGAGAUACGACAACCGGAUUUGGGAGAAUUUGGAGUCUAUGAUGUGCAUAUUCUUGGCACAGGGAAUUGUGCUAUCAACACUGCUCUUCAGCCCGUCAAUAUUUAUUUGCCCUUUGUCGUCUUCAUCAUCAUAAUUAUUGCUCUGAUUGCUCUUGUUCGUGGGAUAAAUCUUGCCACAAAAUUCUAUCGGAGAUCAGAAGAAACUCCCGCCGAUGAGGAGCAAAAUAAUGAAAGGCCAGAAGCUCCUGUGAGGAAGCGAUUGCGAAGUUUAGAUACAUUCCGUGGUCUCUGCAUUGUGCUGAUGGUGUUCGUGAAUAGUGGAGCUGGAGGAUAUACUUGGCUAGAACAUGCCACAUGGAAUGGUAUUCACUUUGCAGAUUUCAUCUUUCCAUGGUUCCUCUGGAUCAUGGGAGUGUGCAUUCCGAUGUCAGUGAAAUCUCAAUUGGCAAGGAAUGCCACCAAAAAGGACAUGUUGCUGAAUGUGGUGAGGCGCUCCCUGACACUCUUUGCCAUUGGGGUGUGUUUGAAUACCCUCAAUGGGGCUCAGUUGGAAAAUAUACGAAUCUUUGGUGUGCUUCAGAGAUUUGGUGUGGCAUUUUUAGUUGUAGCAGGUCUCCAUAUUAUUUUCCGGAAAGUCGGAAGUCUUCCACCGCAAAAUGCUCUUGCCAGGGCUUUCUAUGAUGUUUAUAUUCUUCUGCCAGAAUGGAGUAUUAUGAUAUCUUUGGUGAUUGCACAUCUAGCUUUGGCCUUUGGCCUAUCCGUUCCGGGCUGUGGACGGGGUUAUUUGGGUCCUGGUGGGAUGCACGAGAUGACACACUAUAAUCAUUGCAUUGGAGGAGCUACUGGAUACAUUGACAGAUUGAUUCUCAGCAACAAUCACAUCUAUCAGCAUCCGACGGCAAAGAAAGUCUACGGAUCCGGAGCUUUUGAUCCAGAAGGAGUCUUUGGAUGCCUCCUAACAAUUUUCCAGGUAUUUCUGGGUGUUCAAUGUGGAAUGAUUCUACUGGUGCACUCAGAUUGGAGGGCAAGAAUUAAGCGUUGGACAAUUUGGGGUGGAGUAAUUGGGAUUAUUGGGGGAGCUCUGUGUGAGUUCCGGAAGGAGGAUGGCUUGAUUCCGGUUAAUAAGAAUAUGUGGUCAUUGUCAUUUGUGUUGGUGACAUCGGGAAUUGCAUUUAUUCUACUGGCCACAAUGUAUUUUGUUGUGGAUGUUCGGAAGGGCAUUUGGAGGGGAGCUCCUUUGGUCUAUGCUGGCAUGAAUGCAAUUAUUAUCUACGUGGGGCACCAGGUAUUCCAUAAGAUGUUACCUUGGCACUGGAGUAUUGGCCUCAUGAACACACACUUUAUGCGCCUAUUAGAAAGUGGCUGGAAUACAGUGCUUUGGGUGGGAAUUUCAUACUAUCUCUACAAGCGAAAACUCUUCUACAGCAUUUGAAGUGCCAAGGGGAGUGAACCAUCUGCAGACUGUGGAAAAUGCAAAGCGAUAAUGUAAAUAUUUUCCGAAAUUUUUCCAAUAAAUUUUGUAUAAAUUCUUUAA